GGCAGAGGCAGCAGAGUAAAGGUGGAGGAGACAGACAGACACGCAGACACGCAGACAUCCCGGGAGCCAGCAGGUAGACAUAUGCGCCUCUCCGUGCUCGCCGUCCUCCUGCUCCUCACCGCCUCCAUAGCAGCUGUUGUCCCUGUUCUUUGCCCCUUCGUUUUGUUGGUGAGGAUAUCACAGUGAUGUCUGCAUUCAACCUACUCCAUUUGAUGACAAAGAGCCAGCCAGUGGCCCUGCGGGCCUGUGGGCUUCCCUCAGGAACACGAAAGGAAAAAAAGACUUGCAAAGUUGUUUUUACUGAGCAAGAGUUAAGGCAACGACUGACACCAAAGCAAUAUCAUGUCACCCAAGAAAAGGGGACAGAAAGUGCCUUUGCUGGAGAAUAUACUCACAACACAGCAACUGGGGAAUACAAGUGUGUUGUCUGUGGAGCAACUCUUUUCAGGUCGGAAAAAAAAUUUGACUCCAACUCAGGAUGGCCCUCAUUUUUUGAUGUUGUCAAUCCAGAAGCAAUAACGUUUACUGAUGACUUUUCAUAUGGGGUGCACAGAGUAGAAACAAGUUGUAGUCAGUGCGGUGCUCAUCUUGGUCAUGUCUUUGAUGAUGGCCCUCGUCCAACUGGUAAAAGAUACUGUAUAAAUUCUGCAUCAUUGAACUUCAUACCAGAUGAGUCAGGUGGUGCUGAAGGUAGCCGUUCCUUAGAUCCACCUGGAAAGACUGAAUUGUAAAAACAGAGCAUUUUGGGGACUUUUCAGAAUUGUUUUACAGAAUAUAAUACCGGCUGUGCAUUCACUUUUUCCAUUCAUUAUUGCUGCAGUCAUGUUUCAUGAUCAUCAAAGGAAUGUCAUAUCUUUAUUUUUAAGACUGUAUCUGAUAUAUACACAACAUAGUAAAGUAAAUGAAUUCAACUAAAAUCUAUAUAAUUACUAUCCUUUAAAGAUUAAAGUAAACGGACAUUAGUGUUCAUAUC